AUCACAGACCAAGGCCAUGGACCGGAAGGCGGGAGAAUCCCUCCUGGCCUAUGAGGAACGCCUGGCGGCAUUCAUUCAGGAGGCCAACGAUAGGGCCGCCGCCGCGGCCAAGGAAUAUAAUCGGCUCGAACAAGAGGAGGAGGCCAAGCGACAGAAGGAGGAACAGGACCGACUUCGUCAAGAAGAGGCAGACCUGCAGACGGCAGCCGAACACCGGUCACGCCAGCGGGAACGACUGUUCACGCGGGAGACCGUGAUCGGCAACGAGGCCGCACAUUGGGUGGAAGUGACAUCUGCAGACGGGGCCCCGRAGAMUGRGAAAGGGYUGUCARCCCUUGCGCAGGUCUCCCACGACCUCGUGGCCACCUGCGCUCUGCAGCAGGAGGAAAUCCUUCACCUGCAGCAGACAGUGGACCAGAUGCUCGCACGGCUGCAGGCGUUGGAGAAACAGCCAGCUGCUGUAGCAGCCGCAGGGCCUUCCACCCUUACCACCCGUGUGCAAGUUUUGGAGGAUGACGUCAGCAACAUCAAGCGUGUGCAUCAGGACUUCCGGACGUCGCAGCAAGCAACGAACUUGCAGUUGGAGACGCCGGUACAGGCUGCUGCCACCGUGACGCCCGCCGCCGCAUCCUCUCGAUGCCCACCCAAACUGGAUGACAUUCUAGUUUUCUGCGAUCAGUCCAAGACGGAACCGAUCCCGUGGUGGCGCCAGUUUACUCUCAGGCUCGACAUGCACCAUGUCCCGAACAAUGAUCGACAUCCGUGCUUGUACCACCGAUCUGGUAGUGCAUGUCAAGCAUGGCUGGACAACAUCUUGACCAGCCACGGCGUAGCAGUGUCGGAACUGCACACCAAGCUCACUUGGCAGGAGUUGACUGACGCCUGGCACAAGCGAUUCCAAGUGGAGCCGCCCGACSUGCAAGCGAUGGACAAGCUCAACAAGCUCCAYCAGAACACGYUGCUMAGUCAGGACUGGAUUACCGAGUUCCAAAGACUCGCCUCCACACCUGACCUGCCACUCGCAUUCCGCGCCAUCAAGCACUUGUUUAUCAUGCGCUCUUGUCCAACUCUGCAAAACGCGCUGACGCAGAUAGCAGAGACACUCGACACAUCUGACAAGCUUUUCAAAACAGCGUCACGGAUCAUUCUCACGAAUAUCAAAGCGCGCAACGCCGGCCGAUCUUCCGCAACGAUGAGCGGCACCCAGCCCAAGCCAAAGGUGGCUUGCAUUACUUCUCCUGAGGCUCCAACACCAAACGAGGGUGAAGUGUUGGCAGCUGCCCGAGAUGCCCGGUACAAAGCUAACCGCGACAAAUGCGAGUUUGUCCGGCAAGAGCUUGAAUACUUGGGUCAUUUUGUCUCUCCGGAAGGCAGUCGUCCGUUGGCGGACAAGAUUCAAGCCAUCCAGGAGUGGCCCGAGCCGAAGAAUGUGACGGACGUCCGAUCCUUCCUCGGCUUGGCCGGUUAUUAUCAGCGCUUCAUCAAGGGUUACUCUAAGAUCGCGGCCAACCUAAGCAAGUUACAAAGCGAGGAGCGGCCUUUUGCCUUCGAUGACAACGCGCGCCAUUCUUUUGAGACACUCAAAGCGGCACUCUUGUCCGCCGAGGUGUUACAUAUUUACGACCCGCUUCUAGCUACGCGCGUCACUACCGAUGCGCCGGGCUAUGGCAUUGGGGCCGUCCUUGAGCAGCACGAUGGCACGGACUGGCACCCGGUCAAGUACUUUAGCAAGAAAGUACCUCCCGUGCAUUCGAUCGACGACGCACGGAAGAAGGAGUUUCUUGCCUUCGUCCUCGCCCUCGAGCAUUGGCGACAUUUCCUCCUUGCUCGGAAAGCAUUCCGAUGGGUAACGGAUAACAAUCCAUUGGUAUUCUACAAGUCGCAAGACAUGAUUAACAAUACCAUUGCCCGUUGGAUGGCUUUCAUCGACCAGUUUGAAUUUUUCCCCGAUCACAUUCCCGGGAAGUCAAACCGUUUUGCGGACGCCCUCUCACGGCGACCGGAUCUUUGCACCGCAGUCUACUCUACCUUCGAGAUCGACGACGACUUGCGGAAGAGCUUCAUCCGCGGCUAUCAAGCCGACCCCCACUUUCACGACAAGUACGCGAAUUGCUCCUCUCCGAAUCCAGUGCCUUCGCAUUAUCGGAUCCAAAAGGACUACUACUUGUGCAUUCACGGGGUUGAUUGGGUUGAGCGCUUGCCAGACGUUGAGUUGGCUUACAACUCAUCGAUCCACCCGGCUAUCGGGAUUUCGUCGUUCGAGUUUGAGCAUGGUUCACCCAUCUCAUCGUCGCUAGACGCUACUUUGCCGCGCACAGCCGAGAGCGACGACCAUCUUGUGUUCCUUCGUCGCAUGCAAGAGCUUCUUGUCAAGGCACGGGAUCAAAUGUCGAAGAUGCAAAUACGGAUGAGCCGUCAAGCCAACCGCAAUCGCCCUCCUUGCCCGUUCCGCGCCGGCGAUCUGGUUUGGGUCUCCGCAGCGGAGUUCAGCCUUGAGCAAGACAUCUCUCGCAAGCUCCUUCCCAAGUGGAUGGGGCCUUGGCGCAUUCUCUCUGCAGCUGUUGAUGAUCCCGAGGGCCCCUCAUUCCGCAUCGCGGUGCCACCUCACUUGCCCGUCCACACGGUGUUCCACUGUUCCAAACUCGCUCCUUUUGUUUCAGCGGAGUCCGACGAGUUUCCCGGUCGACGUACGCAAGACCCUCCUUCCAUGGACGGAUUUCAGGAGGCCGGCUACAUCAUCACCGGUCGGCGCCAUAGCAACAAAGAAACAGAGUUUCUACUUCACUUUUCCUACUGCAUCCACAAGGCUGACCGUUGGCUGACGCGUUCGGAACUGCAGGCCACAGCCCCCGCCGUUCUCUCACGCUAUAUUAGCAAAGGGAAGACUACGCAGAGCACUCCAGCUCCUCGCCUUCCUCGCUACAUUCCGCCAUCGGAUCGGCAGCUUCGCCCGCGCCCCGGCUCAUCUUCAUGAGGGGGGCGUGUUACAUGCUGAAAGCCUACACACGGGCCCCUCACGGGACCCGAGGUUGGAAUAGGGCCCCCAGGUU